AUGGUGGUCGUUCAAGUAAUCGUUCAGAAAUCGUCCUCGAGAUUCUGCUCAGAAGCUGAAGUUGUGCUGAAACGCAGAGGCCUAAUAGAAACUUCUAGUUCUCUGCUGCAAGACAACACAAAACGUCCAAAAACAUUUUCCAGGGAGUCUUGCAUAGGUCACUGUACCAGGUCUCCUGAAACGCCCACGCUUCCAGUGGUUCCGCAGCGUCACUCCCGGUCACGUUGCAUGCAUGGUUCUGGCAACCUUCGCAAGGAUAAAUCACUCUGCAAGGGAUCCGUCGGUGGCCUCGGUUUGGUGUUCUUGCAAGACAUUACCAUCCUUGGAAGCAAUGAUGAAAGUUUAUAUUAUACCGACCUUAGAAGCAGCGACCAAAAAGUUAUUGGAAAGUUUAUUAUCCCCACGACGAUGGCUGCUGCGGCGCUGUUUCUCCUCGCUGUAGCUUUCCCUGCCACGCUCGCCCUUCCAGACGUGGUCGGGCUGGGCGGGGAGGCCGACUUCCACGCGAUCCGACUCCACUGGAAGUUCCCGAUGUCUGUCCCCGAGCUCUACGCCUUCGUCAUCGACUACUGCGAGGACCAGCCGUGGGGCCAAUACCGGUGCAAGAAAAUGCAACUGAAGGACGUGGCAGCGAACGAGAUCGGCGCCCAGGACGCUCAGUUCCGCGAGUUCGCAGCGCUGGUCUCGGGGCUUCGCAUGGCCACCAACUACACACUAGAAGUCACGCCCGUGUUGGAGGGCGAGGGAGACGGGCGGGGGAGGACCUUCGGCAGCGGCGUCGUCAUCAGGACCAAGGGAUUCUCGGCUCGGGCCACGCACUGCCUCGCCAACUCCAGCGUAGUGGAGGUCGAUACGGGACCCAAGUUCGGCGGAAAGCUCUCAGCUGUGUCUGGCAGGAUAGAGAGGCAAUUGAAGCGUAUGAGACAGGUUAUAACUGUUUGA